GAUAACGGCCCACAGAUAUACACACUGACUAAUAUACGCCGACAUUUUAAAAUUGCCUGAUAUCAUUUCCCUGUGUUGUUGUUCGUCUCAAUCACAAACAGUUCGUUCUGGAUAUUUAAGAUGAAUCCAUUGCUAUAAAGACAAUGUUAUGAGACUUAUUCCAAAAACAAAGGAAAUAUGAAGAGGACGACAAUUGUAGUGUUGCUGUGUGUGAUGGUGGUAGGAUCGGACAGCCAAAUAAUGGGAGAAUGUCCACUUGGAUGGUUUUCCCAUUCCCAAAGUUGCUACGAGUUUAUCAAAGAUCCACCAGCGCUGUAUGAAGAGGCCGAUAAGACCUGCAAGGGGAAAGGCGCUGCCCUUGUCAGCGUUAACUCGUAUGAUGAACACCUGUUUAUCUCAAAUCAACUGAAGAUAUUAGACAUAGCAAAACGUUACACCUGGUGGACCAGUGGAUCUGACCUAGACGGCCGGGUUAAAUGGGAGGGCGAUGGAUACUUUGCAGACCCUGAUUUCCAUUACUGGCUGACGACGUCGUCACAUGUAAAUAAUCCUGCCAUCCACAUAGUCUACAAAUAUUCUGCUCUGAAUCCCGGCUAUUGGUGGGACAAACAGUCGAGGAAUAUAAAAUCAAGCUACAUUUGUGAAAUACCCAGGGCGGAAGUUCACAGACUUGUACAAGACGAACGCGACUUCACUUUUGGAACGAAUAUUGUGGAUCCCAAUAACGUCUUGACUGGCCCAUCGUUUAUCGUUCAACCGACAAAUGUUGUCGUUACUGAACGUACCAUGACAACAUCUCUUGAGUGCGUUGCCAGGGGUAACCCCCAGCCAAAAUAUCUAUGGUACAAGGGAGAUAACCAGGCAGAAGAGAUAGUAGCUUCCAAGUCCAUUACAAUAACUAAUGGGAAACUGACGUUUGACAACGUAUCGGAGACAACGACAGUUGGAGCCUAUCAAUGCGUAGCGUCCAACAAGUUUGGCUCUAUCAUCAGUGAUGUCGUUUAUAUCACGUAUGGAUAUCUUCGCGAGUAUUCUAACGUACAACCGGGGGCAGUGAAUGCUUCACAGUACCAAGGCACAUACAUCAACUGUAAUCCGCCGUCUCACAAACCAGGGGCUACGUUCCAGUGGAUGAAGCAGGGAUCGAAAGGUGUGGAAUUCCUGAUGCCUCAGCUUAAUAAUUACUACUUCAUAUCACAGGGCGGGAACCUAUACUUCUCUGAGGUCCAGUCAGUGGACAGUGGCUAUUAUUUCUGUUCGGUCACACUGUCCGCUGGUCAAACGGGGACUCUGGCAACCUCCCAGCCAACCAGUGCUCUCAGUCGGGGAAUCCGACUCAGUGUGGGUAGUCAAACUGCCGCAGACUAUCCUCCGGAGAUACACGAUGGAUUUCCAAUAGUUUACCCUAAAAAUCCAGUCAGAGGAAUGACCAUAUACAUCGAGUGUUUGGCAUACGGCAGGUUACCUCUCGUCUACUCCUGGACACGUAAGGGCAGACCAAUGCCACCACGUGCUCGAGUAACUGACCUUAACCGAGUACUCGUUAUCGAGAAUGUUCAAUUGGAGGACGAAGGUACCUACGAGUGUAGUGUGAAUUCCAGAGCAACAUCAGCUGUAAAGCAGUAUACCCUGUCAAUCGGAGCUAAACCUUACUUUGUGUCGCCAUUGAAGAACAUUCACGCUGACGUCAACAGUGAACUUACCUGGCGAUGCGAGGCUAUAGCUAUACCACGUGCUACAUUCACGUGGUACAAAGACACAAGACCUCUGCUUCCGAUCUCUGGCAAAAUCGACAUAACAUCUAACGUGCUGAGGAUCAACAGUCUAGAUGCCUCACGAGACAGUGGAAUGUAUCAGUGCUCAGCGGAGAACACACACGGGACAACAUUAAGUGGAGGCCAGCUUCGUGUUCUGUCUUUGAAGCCGUCGUUCCUGAGAAAUCCGUUACCAAUAACAAUGUAUGGCGCAAUGAACGGUAAUAUCACUAUUCCGUGUCGACCGGAAGCUGCCCCAACACCGGAAAUCGCAUGGCUUAAGAAUGGUUCUCCAAUAGGAUCCCGAACAGGAAUGCAUAUUCUUUACAAUGGUGAUCUCCGGAUUGAAGGCAUUCAGCUACUAGAUGCGGGAUUAUAUACAUGUCAGGCUACUAAUGUUAACGGCCAAGCCUCGAGUCACUGCAGCGUGACUGUUAUAAACCGGAUGACGUUCAUACACACUCCACUUCCGACAACUGUGGACUACAACAACACAGCGUUCUUGCAGUGUGAUGUUUCUUACGACACCAGAUAUGAUCUUAUCUACCGCUGGACUCACAACGGCCGCGUCAUCAACGUUACUCAAAAUACAUUUUAUCGAUUGGGCGAGAGGAUAAACAUUCGAGGACUAUAUAUAAUGUACGCCGAUUUCCAGCACAGCGGCAUCUACGAGUGCCAAGCACUCACAACAAGUUCGAUACUCAAGAGCUCAGCAACACUGACCGUCAGAGGACCGCCGGGGGAACCUGCUGGAGUGUAUGCAGACCUGAGUACCAGAACUCCUCAUUCUCUCCGCCUGAAAUGGACUCCACCUCCAGAUCACGGCAGCCCGAUCCUUUAUUACAUCAUUGAAUCAAAGACACUCUUCAAUCCAGAAUGGAAAGUUCAAGUAGCAAAUAUUUCAGAGCAGGACGCCCUAUUAUCUGACCCAACUAGUGGGAUGGACAAGAGAACAUUUACUGUAACAGGACUGAAACCUUUCAACGACUACUUUUUUCGAGUUAGAGCUACAAACAGCUAUCCAACUCUUGGACCACUUAGUCUUCCAUCAGACUCGUACCAUCUCGAUGGUGCAGCACCAGUAGUCGCCCCUAGGCAAGUGUCAGGAGGUUUUGGCACUGUCGGUGUCCUCCAAAUUACAUGGGCGCCCCUUCCGAUGGAGAGUAGGGGAGGUGUUAGAAUCGGCUAUAUCAUAUACUGGAGACUUAUGAACGAUACUUCAGCAUACAAGCAGGUGAUAAAGAACAAGGAUGUCAGCCAACAUAUUGAAGACGUAGGUUUAAAUAACUACUAUCUCCCGUACGAAGUCAUUGUCGGUGCAUUCAACGAGUUUGGAUUUGGACCUAACAGCUCGGUUUCCAUUGUUUACUCCGCGGAAGGAAUGCCUACCUACGUACCGAAGAAUGUCCGAGGAGAUGGAGUAAACUCCACGGCUAUUUACCUUACCUGGGAUCCUGUACCAAAUACUCGCUUAGCAAUGAAAGGGGUAAUUAUGGGAUUCGAGCUUAACGUUGAAGACUUCAAUGACGCAAACCGAAAAUCGGGUACAACCUACCUGUAUGGCGAACACACGACUGGUACAAUCAUUGGCGUGGAGCCGAACUCGGACUACUGGGUGACAGUGCAGGUUUUCAACUCAGCAGGGGAAAGCAAUCCCAGCGAAAGAUAUCGAAUCAGUACCUAUCUUAACGCCCCGUUUCUUUAUCCGGAGUAUGUAACAAUUUCAUCCGAUGGCUCAGAAAGUGUUGCAGUGAAGUGGCGUGGGAUAAGUACGGGACUUCUGGAGGAGAGCAUCAAAGGUUAUAAGCUUGAAUAUUGGCCAAGGGGAGAGAACUUUCGAGCAGCAAAAACUGUAGUUACAGGUAAAGUAACAAAUGCGGUUAUCUAUGGCAUACAAAAAGACGUUAUCUACAGCCUGAGAGUCCUUGGAUACAGUAACGGUGGAGACGGCAAGAAGAGUCCUACACAAUAUUUCACUCUAGGUGGACAUGUUCCUGUGGACCCGACAACCUCAUUUUUGAUCCAACUUGGCGGCAGCACUCGAAUGACCUCAUCUCUUAUCCUCAUCCUCAUCGUCUCAACACUCACAGCAUAUCUACCAUUUAUUUAGAGUUGAACAAUUUGUAUGAAAUCCAAUUUCAAGUAUUUGUAAUAAUGUCUCUCUCCAUUUUGCAAAUACCACAAGCAUCUUCAAAUACUAAGGGUUCGCGAUUUACAGACAUUAUCUGCAGAAGAAGUAGCAUCGAAACCUUAAGUUUCGGAGAAGCACGACAAUGAAUAAUAACUUACUAGAGAAGAUAUACAUGAAUUUGAAAUCCAACUUUUAAAAUUUGAAAGUUUAUAUGUAAUAUUAUUAAAUCUGUUCUAGUGCGGGGUUCUGUAUUGUCUUAAUCAAACAAUGUCUGGAUUAUUAUAUAUAUGUAUCAUAUCACCCUUACCAUGCUAUAUUAAUAUUCUUUGUUUACUAAUGAUAUGUUUGUACAAUAUACGUGUAUUGUUUUUCAUUUACAUUUUUAUAAACACCUAAAAUGUAUACUUAAUGUAAAUUCUAUCAAACAAAAAUAAUAUGUUUGGGUAUUUAUCUCAUAUCGUUAUCAUAAUGUUAGAUAUAGCUCAUGUCUGUAAUGCUGUUUGAACUUAAUUUCAUUCUAUAUUUCCAUUGUAGACGUAUUUAUAUCAAUAUUAAGUAACAUAUACAGCCUGGAAUGUAUUUUAAGAUAUCGCUUACAUGUGAAUCGUAACAUGUAUUUUGUAUUCGGAUCUUUCGAAAACGAAAGUACUUGUACCUCGAUUUUAAUAUAUAAUAUACAUGUUAUGAUCGCAAAUAAAAGUCAUACUGUU